AUGGCGACUGCCGCAGUGAGCCUCAUGGCUCCCCUCCUGCAGAACGCACAGCCUGCCCAAGAGGACGCCCGCCAGGACCUUCCGCGCCCGUACAAGUGCCCGCUGUGUGAGAAGGCCUUCCACCGUCUCGAGCACCAGACCCGCCACAUCCGGACCCACACUGGAGAGAAGCCGCACGCCUGCACUUUCCCCGGAUGCUCGAAACGCUUCAGCCGCUCCGACGAGCUCACCCGGCACUCCAGGAUACACAACAACCCCAACUCGCGGCGAGGCAACAAGCAGCAUGCCGCCGCCGCUGCUGCUGCGGCCGCUGCCGGAAUGAUGGAGCCUGGUGCGGGCAUGACACACAUGAUGCCCCCGCCUUCAAAGCCAAUAUCGCGCUCCGCACCCAGCUCGAAUCUCGGCUCGCCAAAUGUCUCCCCACCGCACUCGUUCUCGAACUACUCGCCGAACGUUGCCUCGGAUCUCGCAUCGUACCGGAGCGGAGGCAGCCACAGCAACAGCAGCAGUCCCAACGGACUGGCGCGCAAUAUCGAUUUGCUCGCAGACGCCGCCUCGCGCCUGGAGCAGCGUCACCAUAGCCACCACUCUUUCUCACAUGGAAACCGCCACCUGACCAGCCACGGCUACCAUCCGUACCACAACAGCAGCGGUAGCGGUCCUCGACUUCCCGGUCUUUCGCAGUAUGCGUAUUCCUCGCAGCCGAUGUCGAGAUCGCAUUCACAUGAAGACGACGACCCGUACGCCCACCGGAUGACAAAGAAGUCGCGGCCCGGCUCGCCGAUGUCCACCGCGCCGCCAUCGCCAUCCUUCUCCCAUGACUCAUGCAGUCCGACGCCAGACCAUACUCCGCUUGCCACGCCAGCGCACAGUCCCCGCCUGCGCCCGCAUGGGUUCAACGAUGUCCAACUUCCCCAUCUUCGGCAUCUGUCCUUGAACCACGUGCCGGCGCUAGCACCAAUGGAGCCUUCGACAAACACCGAGCAGCCCUACAUUCCGAGUCACACAACCGGCCUGAGGAUUGGCGACAUCAUCUCGAAAUCCGAGGGCGCGCAGCGAAAACUGCCCGUCCCCCAGGUUCCCAAAGUCGCCGUUCAGGACCUGCUCAAUGCACCGAGCGGGUUCUCCUCUGGGAACUCGUCUUCGGCGGGUUCCCUGGCCGGCAACGACCUCUCGGACCGCUUUUGA